GCAUUAAUUUUGCAGGAAUUUAUUCAUUUGGAAACAGCAACAUGAGCAAGCCAUGGCAGAAAGUAAUAGAGGGUAAGAAGAAAUUUCAAGAAGUCAUACAAAACCAUCCAAGUACAGCCACUAAACAGUCCCUGAUGAAUGACUUGAUCGCUGCUGUUUCAGACAGAAAACAAUAUCCAGUCCAAGAAGCAAUGAGAAUACAGUGUGAUUAUUUUUAUCCUGAAAACCACUUAGAAAAACUAAGUUCUAUGUUUGUUGAAAAAUCAGAUAUAGGUUAUGGAACAAGGACACAUUCUGUUGUACUUGUUGAUGGGACUGGUCAAGUGGAUUUUUAUGAAAGAACAAUGAAGGAUCCGUUGAACAACAAAGAUUGGGUAGAAACUCACUUCACCUUUCAGAUAGAAUAGUCCCCAUGAAGACCAAUAAAUAGUGUUUUGUUUUAAAUGUUCUAAUUUGAACAUUUAUAAUUAUGUAAUACUCUGUUGCAAACAGAAGAGCUGCUAAAAUUAUACCAUAAUAAUUAAAAUAAUAUAUAUAUUGUUAAUUAUGAGUGUAUAGGCUUUUAUAUAUUAUACUGAAUGAAAAUUAUAAAAAUAUACUAAGGAUGUACUGAAUAACACACACAACCAAAACCUAAAUUACUCCUAUUGAUUUGGAAUGUUCAAAUAAAUCAACAAAUAAAUUAUUUUUUAGUUUCUUGAGAUUGUGAAAGGUUUCAGUGCAGUCUUGAAGUGACUUCUGAAAAUUUUUUUAUUACUUUUCAUAGUUAUUCAACGACUCUGGUUUUUAAUACUGUUAUUAUGUGUGUAUUGAGUCUGGAAAUAUGUUUUGGAAAUCUUUUUUUUUUUCCCAAAUGUGAAUUUUUACUUUCCUAAUAACAGCUGAUUUUGUUUCUAAUACAGUACCUACUUCAACUUUUGAAAAUCUGAUUUAUUUGACGUAUAUCAACUCAACUAUUUCAUCAGAACUCGGUACUGUGCUGUAAGUGUGUAAUAGAAACUUUAGUGCUAAUCACUUGGAAAAAAUAAAAACAACUGAGAUUUAUGUAAA